AUGGGUGUUAUCGCAGUAGCAGGUGGUACUGGCGACGUCGGCAGAACUAUUGUGGAACAAUUAGUGGCUUCCGGCAAACACCCGAUUGUUCUUUGCAGGAAGGUUCCUAUUGCAUCUGCAGUAGAUGGUGCCAAAUUCGUAGCCGUUGACUAUAACGAUAUCGAGGGACUCGUGAAGACCCUAGAAGCCCAGAAGAUUGAUACUAUCAUCUCAGCUAUGAGCAUUGAGGGGGCUGUAGAGCAAGCGCAGCUGAACCUGAUCGCCGCAGCAGACAAGUCGCAGACAACCCGGAGAUUCAUCCCAAUAAUCUAUGGUCUCUCACAUGAACGCAGAGAAGAUAUCGUCGCGGAUGAUUUCACCGGCCCAGGACUCCGAGCUGCCGAGACUCUUGCCAAAUCGGGGCUCACCUUCACGCGCAUCGCCCAGGGUAUCUUCAUGGACUACUUCGGCCAACCCAACAUCCCGAGCCACCUCAGGCCUUUCAAGUGGGCGAUUGACGUGCCCUCGCGACGCGCUGCCAUCCCCGGAACGGGCAACGAGACGCUGAGCCUGACUUAUUCCAAAGACCUUGCUCGGUUUGUCGACCGCCUUGUUGACGACGAUGUGUGGCCGGAGUACAGCAUUAUCUGCGGAGCCGACACUACUUUGAACGAAAUAGUAGCAGCUGCCGAGGAGGCUACUGGUGAGAAGUUUGACGUCACAUACGACACUGUUGACGAUCUCAAAGCCGGCAAAGCAACGGCGAUCUUUUCUGAUAGUGAAUCAUACGCAGGCAUGGAUCCUACUAUGAUGGCUGUGGUAGUGGGAUUGCAGGUCGUUGAAGGAAAAUUGGCUUUGCCGAAGGAGGGGAGACUUAACGACAAGUAUCCGGACAUUCAGCCUCUUUCCAUAAACGCUUUUAUGGCUAAGGCUUGGUCCAAGAAAGUGAAGAGCACCACAACUGGCUCUAGAGACAUCAGCUUCUUUUCUGAUGAGGACAUAGCGAGAAAAUCCAGAUGGCUACGUGGAUGUGAAAGUGCCCCCAGACUUUGA